GAAAAACUUGUUAAUUUUGUUUUUUGAUUCACAUCAUUAGAAAUGAAUCCUACACGUACAGGCGCACGAACAUCACGAAUUCAGUGCUGUGUAGUCGGUUGCCGCAAUGCAUAUUACAAUACAGACACUUCUAUCAAAUUUUAUUCUUCUCCGAAAAGGUGGUUCGAGAAAGAAAGGAAACAGACAUGGAUUAAUAGCGUAAGCAGAGUUUGUGCUGAUGGUACUUCGGGAGAAUGGCAACCUAAAGAAUUCCAUAAAAUAUGCAGUGCUCAUUUUGUAGGAAACGCGAAGAGUAACGAUCCGAGUAAGCCUUCAUACAACCCAACAAUUUUUCCACAGGAGUAUGAAAGAAAAGAUAAUUCGGUAACCGAUAAUUCCACAGAGAAAAAGGAAAGAUGUAAAAGAAAAAUAGCCCGAUCCAAAAGAAAGAAUAUACCCAAGGAGAAAUCACCUCAAUCUCCAUGCCCAUGUGAUGACGAAAGUCUUUCAAUGAAAGUUGACGAAGGAAAAAAGGAAUUCUCAUCUCAAACUGAACCAAGUGAUUUGGAAGAAAUAUUUUUAUUUGAGAGUAAUUUCAUGGGCCAUAGUGUAGAGGGAAGGUGUGACGUGACAACUCAGUGUAACAUUGCUGAUAAGACAAAAUUAUUCAGUUGAAACGAUAAUAAAAGUGUUGGCAACAGUGUAUAGGCUUUCAUGUUAUAAAAUCUUUAAAAACCGAA